GCUGAAACGUGGCUGCUCAGUUAUGUCAUUGUAAGUAAACCCCACGCCUGCCGUUGCGUUUUGUGCUGCUCCAACUGCCUGAAGGGUUGAUGGCAGCGCGGUGCGGAUCAGCAUUGCUUGCACAUGCUGGAGCUUCGGGUGUCGUCUCAAAAGUUGCAGCCUGCUGUGGAAAGAAACCCUUGUCAAAUUGUACAUUGCCAUCAGAUUCCGCCUUCGUUGGUUCCCUCCGGGCUCGGUCAAAUUUUGCAACUCAGGCGCCACCACUUGUUCUGCUCAGCCGUCAGCUGCGGACCGUUGCAACGCAAACGCUGCACAAUCCAGAGGGUUUGCUGCGGGAGGUCCAUCUCAGCAGACGCACGUGCAUUGUGGGGGGCACUUCCAUCGUCGCGCUAGCGGGACCUCUGCUCGGGCCGCACAAGAUGGUGGCGUCCGCUGCUAGUUCAGGGGAAAGCGCAAGCAUUCCUGCUCCUCCUAGGGCUAAGAAAGUCCCGUACAAGCUGCCGGUCAUCCAUGGGGAUGAGAGGGAGGACCCGUACUACUGGCUGCGAGACGACAAGCGAGAGGAUCCGGAGGUCCUUAGCCACAUCCAAGCCGAGAAUGAGUACACUCAGGCGGUCAUGGCUGACUCCAAGGACCUCCAAGAGACGCUAUACAAGGAGAUGCGGGGCAGGAUCAAGGAGGAAGAUCAAAGUGUGCCGCUGAGGAAGGGGCCGUUCUUCUACUACAAGCGGACAGAAGAAGGGAAACAGUACAGCGUGCACUGCAGGAGGAAGAUCGCCGCUGGCGAGGGCCCUGGCUCUCUGGAAGAGACGCUUGAGAGCGCGGCCGCCAACGAGGCUGAGGAGAUUCUUCUGGACGAAAACGAGGAGUCGAAGAAGUCGGAGUUUUACCAAGUGCGCGGUUUCAAGAUCAGCCCCAACCACAAGCUGCUGGCAUACGCAGAGGACACCGUGGGCGGGGAGAAGUACACGCUGCACAUUAAGGACCUUGCGUCGGGCCAGGAGUUACUGACGAAGCCCAUCAGCGACUUGAGCGGGUCUGUGGUCUGGGCGAACGACAACGAGACCCUGUUCUAUACCACCAAAGACCACCUUGACCGGCCUUUCAAACUUUGGCGGCACAAAGUCGGAACGGACCCCUCAGAAGACGCCCUGGUCUUUCACGAAGAAGAUGACGCCUUUUACCUUGGCCUCGGGAAGACGGAGAGCGACCGGUACAUUAUCGUCUCGCCCGGGAGCGCAGUCACCAGCAAUGCGCUGUUCCUCGAUGCCGAUAAACCCGAGGGGGAGCUGCAGAUGCUGACGCCCCGCGUGCAGAACGUGGAAGUCAACGUAACCCACAGCGGCGGCCACUUCUUAAUUACGCGUCGCAGCGAGGAGCUCUUCAACUCCGAGCUUCUGGUGGCGCCCGUUACCGACCCCACCGCCUCACGAACCCUCCUUCCCCACGACCCCAGCGCGCGCCUUGAUGACGUCGAGCCUUUCGAGCGCCACAUCGCGAUCUUCGCCCGCGACUGCCAAUCCGGUCUAACCACCAUCACAGUCUACGAUCUUCCGGAGAGCGGACAACCGUUGGAGACGCUCCCCGAGGGGCGGAAGAUCCAGUUCGACGAGUCGGCGUUCUCGCUGGAACCGGAAAGCUCGCAGUUCAAGUCGCACAUUCUGCGCUUCGGAUACACGUCGCUCAAGACGCCUUAUUCGACGUACGACUACGAUUUGACAACUGGCGAGCGUGCGCUGAAGAAGGUGCAGCCGGUGCUGGGCGGCUUCGACCCAGCCAAGUACCGGACAGCCCGCGUGUGGGCGACCUCCGAAGAUGGGACCAAAGUGCCCAUCUCGCUGGUCUGGCAAAACAGGGAGGGGUCGAGCGACGCUCACCCCGGCGCUCCAGGACCGCUCCAUCUAUACGGCUACGGCAGCUACGAGAUCCCGAUCGACGCCUCGUUCAGUGCGAACAGGCUUGCGUUGAUUGACCGGGGGGUGACGUUCGCGAUCGCCCACAUCCGGGGGGGCGGCGAUCUGGGCCGUAAGUGGUACGAGAACGGCAAGUACCUGCACAAGAAGAACACCUUCGUGGACUUUGUGUCCGCAGCGGAGCACUUGAUCAAAGACAAGUGGACGACGCCAAACCAGCUGUCUAUAGAGGGUCGAUCGGCGGGUGGGCUCCUGAUCGGCGCCACGCUCAACCUGCGCCCCGACCUGUUCCAAGCCGCGUUGGCCGGGGUUCCGUUCGUCGACGUUCUGACGACGAUGCUGGACCCGACCAUUCCGCUGACGACGAUCGAGUGGGAGGAGUGGGGCAACCCGCAGGAAGAAGAGUACUACCGGUACAUGAAGAGCUACUCACCGAUUGACAACGUGAAAGCGGCGGAGUAUCCGAACGUGCUGGUCACGGCGGGGCUGCACGAUCCACGGGUCGGUUACUGGGAGCCCGCCAAGUGGGUGGCGAAACUUCGGGAAGCGAAGACGGACGACCGGCUGCUGAUGUUCAAGUGCGACACGGGCGCUGGGCACUUCUCCAAGUCUGGCAGGUUUGAUAAACUCCAAGAAACAGCCUUCGAGUACGCCUUUUUACUCAAAUGCCUGGGCGUCGCGCCAUCCGCGAGCGACUCGAAGUUGUGAACGUGGUAAUGUGGUCUCUCUUCAGUCGAUGCAACUAGUUCACGAGAGGAGAUAAGACGAUGAUCAUUUUUGCUAGAUGGUGGCAAUGGCAAAUAAUACAUUCACGCGGCCCUUCACCAUGUCCAUGUGUCAUCCACAGUGAACAAUCGUCUCGUAUGUGAUGACUAGCUAGAAUUGCAGACUUGUUGAGGGCACGAUUUUGGGGUGCCGCCUCCACCAUGCAGGAACCACUUAUAAGUCCGUACUAUAAUAGAAUGCGAG